AGAGACUCACGCGUAAUCAGCAUGAAGGCGACUUAUCACAAGAUACUAGUAGCAAAUCUGCAGAUAUUAUUAUCAAUUUACCAUGAUAAGUAAAUCUAAUAAGCUUAUAAAUAGCAUUGCUGCUGAUACACGCAACAUUUGUUACUAUGGCGUUCAGAGAUAAAGUCGUCCUAGUCACUGGAGGCAGCUCGGGCAUCGGCAAAGCCAUAGCCAUACAUUUCUCUAUAGAAAAAGCAAAGGUAGUCAUCGUUGGUCGCACUAAAGCAACUAUAGAUGAAGUGAAGGAUAUUUGUACGGAUAACAGUGGGAAUGAAGCUAUGGGGAUACAAGCAGAUGUCAGCAAGGAUGCUGAUGUUGAAAUGAUAGUACAAAAAGUCACUGCAACAUUCGGACAUUUGGAUGUGUUAGUGAACAAUGCCGGGGUGUUCAUAUCUGACGAUAUAUUUACGGCUACUAUGGAAAAUUUCGACGCGCAUAUAAAUACGAAUCUGAGAGGGACUUUUAACCUGACGAGACAAUUUGUGCCACUUCUUAUUAAGUCACAGGGAAAUAUCAUCAACAUAUCCGGCGUGGAAGCGGUCAAGUACUGGGAAGGGCUGCUGACUGACAGCUUGUCAAAGGUGGCGAUACAACAUUUGACAAAGUAUGUCGCUUACGAGCUGGGGCCGAAGAAAGUUCGCUCUAAUUCUGUAGCGCUGGGCUAUGUCACGGGCACGAAGAUUAUAGAGAGAGCGAAUAUAGAUCCCGAAGAGUUCGGUCGAGGGUUUCUCCCAAGCGUACCCCUGGGAGAGUUCAUCAAACCAGAGGACGUGGCGAAGACAGUAGCUUUCAUUGCCAGCGAUGCUGCCCGCCAUAUUACUGGACAGAACAUAGUUAUGGACGGAGGGUUCAGUUGCUAUUAAUGCGAAGUACACCAUCUAACAUUUUGCAAUACGCAAGACACACAACUAAGAGGUUUUACGCAUAGUAAGUGGGAAGAGACGAGAAGUUUGUUGAGAACCAUAGAAAACAGAAGAGGAAAGAUGCUUGGACACCUGCUACGACACGACGAAUUUAUCAAAAACAGAGUUGAAGCAAACAGAAAGAAGGGAAAACCAACGAGAGCGUACGAGUACAUGGAUUGUAAAGGAAAACUCAACAUUGUGUCAUAUAAGGCUGUAAAAGGAGAAGGCAUUGUACCGACAUACAUGGAAAUCGCUCCACCGACCAGUGUAACUCUAAUAUCUGAUGAUAUCAAAUAUUUGGAUACAACUCUAUUGCCUCAGAGGAUAUGGCGAAGACAGUGGCCUUCACUGCCAUGGCUACAUUACUGCCUUCAACAGUCAUCUGAUUUACGAGUAUCUGAAUAUGACUCUACGGAGAUUCCGGCUAGGUUGAAAUAUUGUGAAUAAGUGACCAUAAAACUGAUUGACCUAUUUUGACGACCAGUCCGGUCACUACCCACUAGGCCGAUAGUGGGUAGUGACCCUGCCUAUGAAGCCAAUGGUCCUGGGUUCGAAUCCCGGUAAAGGCAUUUACUUCUGUGAUGAGCACAGAUAUUUUUUCUGUGUCAUUGAUGUUUUCUAUGUAUUUAAAUAUUUGUAUAUUAUAUAAUAUCGUUGUCUGAGCACCCACAACACCAGCCUUCUUGGCUUACCACCGGACUUAGUCAAUUUGUGUAAAAAUGUCCCUAUAAUAUUUAUUUAUUUAUAAAAGUCACGUAUGUACAUAAGUUUCUAAAAAACGCCCAUAAAUUAUGUUUACGAGCUUCGUUGUUUAAUGCAUUGUUGCUUACUAACAUCUGCCCGCGACUUCGUCUGCGUGGGAUAAUGAAGAUGAUGAUGAUGAAUAUAACCUUUACAAACACUUUCUGAGCAACCGAGUAGUGAGGGCUUGGAACAGACUCCUAGAAGAUGUGGUUUCAGCACAAAAUGUGAACCAGUUUAAAAAUAAAUUAGACAAGCAUAUUAUAUCUACUACUCGUUCAUGAUAAUUAUCUUUAUGAUUACUGAAUAGAGGUCAUAUCAGUUGUCAUAACUGCUUAUUAAAUAAUAAUAAUAAUAUUAUUAUUUGUCCGUCCUCGGGCCUCGAACUAUCUUCAUACCAAAUUUCAUCUAAAUCGGUUUAGCGGUUAAAGCGUGAAUGCGAAUACGUAAUAGACAGACAGACACACAGAGCUACUUUCGCAUUUUUAUUAUUAGAAGGGAUGACUGUAGAAUUUUUUUUGGUAGCAGCUGUACUUUUUACAACAUUGAAAUUCUAAUAUAUUGUUGAAGAUAAAGGGAAAAAAUAUGGUGUUAUGUUUUGGAUUUAUGGCGGGGCAAUAUGUGGUUAUUAUAAUAUGUUUUUACUCAACUCUUUGAA